AGGGCUCACGGCUUCAGGUCAAAGUGGCUUUAUUGUCACUUGAACCACACAGAGCUGGUACAGUACACGGUGAAAGGAAAUAACAUUCCUCCCAGAACAUGGUGCUGCAUAUAAAACAACACAGAGUUAGUGACAGAGGACUACAUAAAGCGACGUGUGCGAAAUGCGUGCAAACAGCACGAGACAGUACAGUCGCUACUAGGCAAUUUUGUGCCACGUUAAGGCUUUAAGGUUUGUGCUCCUGCCUUUGGAGUAACGCUUCCUUUCAGAAUAGCCUUUUCCCCAGCAGUAUGACAAGAAUUCAGCGCAAAAGUGCUAGAAAACGCCGCGAUCCUUCCCAGGCUGCAGCGCUAAGCACAGAUCUGUUUUUAUUGCAUUUGUCUCCUGUAAUUACAGGAUACGAUAGGAUAGCAUGACACCGUGCACUGUGACGUCUCUCGGCAGCAAACGUAACUACAGCUUGAUCUUUUCAGCAAACACUGAAGCGGGUGUCACUAAUUGCAGAAACUGAGUUUUGUUCCAUCAGUGGAACCCAAUAAUUCACAGUGAGCGUGUGUUUGGCUUCCAAGGUAAGGGGCCUCUGUGGCUGGGAGUGCAAACCCCACACCCACCGUGCCCCUGUACUGCACUGUAGUACUGCAGUGAAGCGCACGUGGACUUAAUGAACUACAAUGCCCACAAUUCUUUGCGAGCGGGCGAACGCCGCUGCGCAGGUGUCUUUCUUUGUCCUUUAAUUGAACGGAUAAUGGCGGGACACAAGUUGAGAUGACUAAUGAGUGAAGAAGAGCAGAGGGUCGGUAAAAAGUGGUUCUGUGAGCACAGCGGGCUGCGUUCGGGUUCCUUCGUGUUUUUCCUCACUUGUCGACCGUUGUUGACCCGCCGUUGCCUUGGAGACGGAGGCGCGUGAGUCAGUCGUGUGUUCGUAUUGUAUUAGCGGCUAAUUAGCGGGUGAACAGCGAGAACAACAGGUGUGAACUGAACAGAACAGGUGAACAGAGAGUGACGUGAAGAGGAGCAGAACCUCCCUGAGUUCACGUGCGCUUUCGCAAAUGAUUAGAAAUGUCCGCCCUGCAGCCUCGCGCACUUUCCGCUGCGUCUCGAGCGCUUUUGGACGGGCGGCCACCAGCAGCAGCAGCAGCAGCGGGCGGAGAGGAGAGCAGCGGUGCGCAGGCUGCCUACGAGAUGCCGAAGGGGGCCGAACUCUGCUCUCACACGGGGGAAGGAGCCAAGAGCCUGGAGGAGAUCAGGUGGGCUGCCGUCUGCAACGGGGUCGACACGGGCGCGUCGCGUGGAAGCGACCGGUCCGUAACGAGCUGGGGUUUACCCGCGUGCCGUCUCUUGUGUGUUCGAACCCCUCCCCUCCGCUCCGCCACGGGCGACCGAUCAAAGAGCGGAGCUGGAACGGCGAACCCGGGAGACGCAGCGACUGCAGGCGGAGGUGGAACGCGCCACCCGGCUCACCUUGGAGCGCAUGGGCCGCAGCCUGGGGGCGGGGCCAAGGAGGACCCGCCUUCCGUGGGCAGAGGGUCCGUCUGGGGAGGUCAGCCCCGCGUUGGCCUGUUCCACUCGACCGUCUGCGGUCCUGCCGGCACGGCGCCCCCCGGAGGACGAGGAGGAGAGGCCGCUGGGGGAGGAUGCCACGGACACGAUGCCGGAGCAGUACUCGCCGCAGAGGCAGCUGAGCGAGAAUCCUCUGGGCCGUGCCGCGUCUCGCCAGCCGCAUUCACACGCCGAUGUGUUUCAGACCCACGAGCUGCACGAGCAGCAGAAGGUCCUGCUGCGGAGCGCCAUCGUGCGGCUCCAGACGCAGCUGCGCGAGGGCCAGCUGGAGAGGGACGCCACGGCCGACAGGAGGUGGGAGAACGCUGGCGGCGCCGGGAGGGAGUGGGUUCCACACAUCUGUGUAUAUGGGAGGAAGGAGCGGUAAAUGCAGGUGAACAAAUGCCAUGCUCACCUGAGAGCACCCGCUGCUGCUGCAGUGCGUGUCCUUGUCCCCACAGUGCGGCGGAGUCCCGCAGACAGGCGCACCGGCUAGAGGAGCUGCUCUCCCAGCGGGAGGCUGAGAGCCGCAGGCUGCUGGAGACCGAGGCCCAGGUGGGGGCGCUGCAGAGCAAGAGCGAGGCGCUGGAGCUCGCCUUGCAGGAAGCCGGGGCCGUGCUGUCGGCUUACGAGAAACGGCGCCGCGUCGCGGCCGUCACGGCCGGCGUGGCCCUGGGUCCCAGAGAUGUUAGCCAGGCAUCCCUGGGCACCGCCAUAGAGACGGCGCUGCGGGACCUGGAGGCGGAAAAUGGAGGACUGCGCACAAAACUGCAGUGUCUGGAGGCCGAGAGACGAGCGAAGGAGCAGGCGGAGCGCGAGAGCGUGGAGCAGACAGACAGGUGGGCGCACGCCUGGCGGCGACCACCUGCCUGCACCGCCGUGCAGAAAUGUGCCUGCGUGCUGCUGAGUCCCUCCCGUGUGCCCCGCAGAGUGGAGCAGCUGAGCAGCAGUCACCACCAGGAGGCGGCUGUGUUGCGGGAGAAACUGCGCGGCUCUGAGGCCACAGUGAGCAGCCUGCAAGCGCAGCUGCAGCUCGUUCGGAAGCAGGCCGAGGCUCGGGCUUCCGCAGUCCAACGGCACCUCGGCGAUCUGGAGCGCUCGCUGUCGGCGCUGCGCGGUCCCGUGCUGGAGGCCCAGCACAUGCACCUACGCCAGGGCCUGCAGGAGGCGCUAGUGCGUGCCGAGGCUCUCGGAGCAGAGGGGGAGGAGCUGCGCAAGAAGCUGGAGAGCAAGGAGUGCGAAGUGGAGGCUCUGGAGAUGGAGAGGAGGCAACUCGGUGAUGAGCUGCAGGAGCACAAGCUGCAAGUCCACCAUCUCAAGCUCAGCCUGGAGCAGCAGGAAAGCAGAACACGGUGCCUGGAGCAGCAGCUCGGAGAGAAAAUGCUUGAGCUGGAGGUGCAGCGCACACGGGUGGCCCACCUGGCAGACGAGCAGGCGGCCCUCAGACAGAGCUUCGGGGCACAGUGGACAGAGCUGGAGGGAACCAACUCGCGCCUAAGAGUCCAACUGAAGCAGGCCAAGAGCACCCUAAGGACACUGGAGGGUGCCGACGGUCACGGCCUCAAGGUGGCUUUCUACAUGCAGAAGGAGAUCACAGCGAAGCGGGAGCAGAUUGACGCGCUCCAGGGCCGCGUGCAGCUGCUGCAGGAGUCUCUGGACAAAGUGUCUCAGGAGCAGAAGGCCCAGGGUGCGGAGCUGCAGGCCACGAGGCAGCGGCUGUCCAGCGUGAACAUGGAACGGCGGCGACUCGCCACGGAGCUCCGCGCUCUGCGGUCCCUGGAGAAGCGGCUCCGGGACAAAGCGGACGCUCUGCAGGCUGCCCUGGACAAGAUGUCCGAGAAGCUCUCCGAAUGCGAAGGGCGAGCGCAGCAGCGGGAGCAGGAGAUCUUUCGCCUCAAGAUCCACCACACUCUGCACCUGAGGGAACUGGAAGGCCAGAAGCGCUCUACAGCGCCCCCUAAGCAGGCUGGCCCAGUGCCCCCCUGUGGCCCGGCUGAGGCCGAGCGAGAGCCCUGCGUCGCCUUUGACUCGUCGGCGUGUGUCGGGAAACUCCUCGUCUCCACUGUGACGCAGAACCCGGACAUCGACCUCGGCUCGCUGGUUCAGGAGCCCCGCGGCGUCAACGAGGAGGACGGGAGCAACCGUGAGCCACCCCCAGAGAGGCCCCGCCCCCUGGGAGAGCACAGCGGUUACUGCAAGAGAAGUGGUUCCUUCACCUGCACACGUGAAUCUCAGCACCAGGAGUCAUCACAUCACCAUCCAGUGGUGACCAGUGCUGUGUCCGGUACCUGUGCUCCACUUGCUCGCGUCUCCUGCUCCUCAGCUGGACCCUCAGGCCCAUCUUCCUCCUCCUAUGUGCGGGAGCUCCAUCUGGGCCGCAGGUCUCCUGUGUCCUCCUUGCUCCUGUCCAGCCCCGUGUCCACCUCUGGCGUCCACCGCCUUUCCCAAUAAGACUCCUGGCUUCCAGGCAGGGAGCUCAGAGCCGCCCUGAAGUGCUGAAGACCUGAGGCUGACCCAACAGAGCAACUGUCUCCAGGUUGACUGGUGUGAGAUGUUUACCAAGGAGGGGGGGCAGCAGGAAGUGAGGAGCUCCAUUUUUGUGGUCACUUCAGUGAGCGUGUGGCUCCUCUUCACCGGCAGUUCGUCUUCAGGCUGGAGAGACGGAGAGGCACAGAGAGCUCCAGGGCAGUCUGGACGGUGUGCAGGAGGUGGAGGAGGAGCUCGGUAGCCCAGGGCUGCGUGUGUGCGCGCACAUGUUUGUUUGUUUGUUUGUUUGUUUGUUUGUUUGUUUGUUUUGUUUGUGUGCCUGCGUGCGCGACGUCUUGAGGGACACUCGCUGGAGAGUUUCUCUCUGCAAACCAAAGCGAAGUCGGUGGCCCCGGUAGAGAUGAAGUUCUCGACUGUGGGCCAGGGGGAUGAGGGGCCGGAGCUGGUGGCUCCUCAGCAUCUCCAAAAGGAACAGGAAAUAUCCUCACUUUGGAUACACGCGUGCAGUUCCUCUCACCCUGUCCGUGAGUGUGUGUGUGUGUGUGUGCACGUGGGAAAGAGAGAGAGAGAUGAAGAACACAGAAGGUGACCGUGGACCAUGGGCACCAUGUAUUGUAAAUGUGGUCGAUGGUUUACGGGUCUGAAUGUUGAUAUUUUUAAAUAAUAAAUGUCCUGUUUGUCUCUCCUUUGCUCCUGUUCUCACCAAAAGGUGAACUUGAUGCAGAUCCCUAAAAAUAGAGCUGGGGGCAAGUGGCGGGUUCGAAUCCCUCUGAGCCUCAAUUGAAACAAAGUUACCCAGCUGUAUGAGUGGGUGAAUCAGUGUGAACAGAUGAACAGGGAAGGUCGCUCUGGGGAAAAGC